CUUUUUUCACCUCGUCGCUGAUGGGAUUUCUGAGCGUUUGCUGUAGUUCUGAAAGUUCGUCGCCGGUUCUACAGCCGCUCCCUUCCUUCGGGACAGGGGGUCGCCGGUUCUACAGCAGCCCCCUUCCUUGUGCACUUCUUGGCUCAGGGUUCUCACCUUGCUCACGGCAAGCCUCAAGGAAAGCAAGGAUUUUUAUUCUGUUCUCAGCAGAAUCCCCAGCACCUAGAAAUACAGCCUGGACCUUUAUAGAGCAUGAACACACUGGUGUAACAAGGAUCUGGAUCAGAAACGGCACGUUAUCAGCACCAAAGUAGCUCUUCUUGUGCCACCUUCCUAUCACUACCCCCACCACCCUAAGACAAAAGGAUGCCACGGAGAAAGAAAAAAGUUAAAGAAGCCUCUGAAGUUCAGAAUCUGGAAAAGAAAGAUGUAGAAACUACCAGUCCUGUCAAUUUGAAGAGGAAGCGUAAACUUGAGGAUGCAUUCAUUGUGAUAUCUGAUAGUGAUGGAGAGGAGCCAAAGGAGGAGAAUGAAUUGCAGAAAACGAAGACAGAACAGUCAAAUAGAGCCAAGUGUUUGGCUAAACGAAAAAUUGCACAAAUGACAGAAGAAGAACAGUUUGCUCUGGCUCUCAAAAUGAGUGAGCAGGAAGCUAGGGAGGUGAACAGCCAGGAGGAGGAAGAAGAAGAGCUCUUGAGGAAAGCCAUUGCAGAAAGCCUGAAUGUUUUCAGUCCAUGGCUUAAGAGAGACAUUGUAGUUGGCAGCUUCUGGAAAGAGUUACCAUUACCAAGAAACCAAAAGGGGCAAGAUAAGAGUUGCCGGCCUUCUGAUGCUUCUGCUACCAGAUCUCGACCUCUGUCCACUGGACCAUCUUCACAGUCCCACCAAGAGAAAACCACAGACUCUGGGACCACUGAAGGCACAUGGCAGCUGGUACCUCCAUCACUGUUUAAAGGCUCAUAUAUCAGUCAGGGAAACGAGGCUGAGGAAAGAGAGGAGCCUUGGGACCACACUGAAAACACUGAAGAGGAGCCGGUCUCUGGCAGCUCAGGAAGCUGGGACCAGUCAAGCCAGCCAGUGUUUGAGAAUGAGAACGUUAAAUGUUUUGACAGAUGUACUGGCCACUUGGCUGAGCACACACAGUGUGGGAAGCCACAGGAAAGUACUGGGAGGGGUUGUGUUUUUCACGAAGCUGCCCAGGGUAGGGGGGACACAUCUAGGCACGGUUUGCCUACCUCAGUAGAUGCCAAAGGUCUCCAGGACAGUGGGGGCACUGUGCACUACUUCUGGGGUAUUCCAUUCUGCCCUGCCGGAGUGGACCCUAACCAAUAUACCAAGGUCAUUCUCUGCCAGUUGGAGGUUUAUCAAAAGAGCCUGAAAAUGGCUCAAAGGCAGCUCUUUAAGAAAAAAGGGUUUGGGGAACCAGUGUUACCUAGACCUCCUUCUCUGAUCCAGAAUGAAUGUGGCCAAGGAGAUCAGGCUAGUGAAAAAAAUGAAGGCAUCUCAGAAGAUAUGGGAGAUGAAGACAAAGAGGAGGAGAGGCAGGAGUCUAGGGCAUCUGUCUGGCACUCAAAAAUCAAGGAUUUCCAAGAAAGCCCAAUUAAAAGCUUGAAAGAGAAACUUUUGUUGGAGGAAGAACCAACAACCAGUCAUGGUCAGUCUUCCCAAGGGCUAUUUGUUGAAGAAACUUUUGAAGAAGGAAACUCUGUACCUGUCUCACAAAGCAUUACUGCUUUGACCAAUAAGAGAAGCUCAGUCCUUAUGUCAGAGGAUUCUGCAGAGGAAAUCACUGUGUGUCCCGAGACACAGCUAAGUUCCCCUGAAACUUUUGACCUUGAAAGAGAAGUCUCUCCAGGUAGCAGAGAGACCCUGGAUGAAGUAAGAAUUAUAAUGGCAGAUGAAGAGGUUGGUAACAGGGAAGAUACUGAGAAGGAAAUAUGUACUUCUACCUUCUCAGCCAAUACCAAGGUAUCCUGCCCACUAUGUGACCAAGGCUUCCCACCCACAAAGAUUGAACAACAUGCCAUGUACUGCAAUGGGCUAAUGGGGCAAGAAACAGUGUUGACUCGGAGACAAAAAGAGGCCAAGAGCAAGAGCGACUGUGGGAUAGCUGUCCAGACUUCCCUAGACAUUGACAAGAAUGAGAAGUGUUAUCUCUGUAAAUCCCUGGUCCCGUUCAAAGAGUACCAGUGUCAUGUAGAGUCCUGUCUCCAGUUUGCAAGAGGUGACCAAGGAGACAGGCCUGAAGAGCGUGGGAGAGUCUGCUCAGAUGUGGAGGGGAAGCGGCAGCAGCGGCCGAAGAACGCGAAAGAAAAAGGCCGCAAUGAAGGCCGACUCCUCAGUCUUUUGGAACAGUCUGAGCACAAGACUACAGAUGCAGAGAUAAAGACCAAGUCUUCAGAAACAGUGGCCUUCGGGGUACCUUCACCAGGGAAGGAAGAGGCAGGCUGCAGCAGAGAGAUGCAGAGUUCCCUCACACAUCUCAAAUUAAAUGAGUCUCCCAUCAAGUCUUUUGUUUCCAUUUCAGAAGCUACAGAUUGCUUAGUGGACUUUAAAAAGCAAUUUACUGUCCGGCCAGGAAGCCGGACACGGACCAAAGCAGGCAGAGGAAGAAGGAGAAAAUCCUGAAUUUCUAGGGUCUGAAAGUUGACAAAACUAUUAGCAAUAGGGGUGGGCCAUGUUCGUUAAGGCUUAGUGGCCCCCAGUUCAUUGUUGAGCAAGUUUUGGCCCUGCAGUUUCUACCACCAGCACCUAUUCAGCAUUGUGGUUUUUAUGUUUUCUAUGAUCUACACAAACAACUGUGUAUAGUAUUCGGUUUUAUAACAGCUUGUUUGAAUUCACUUACAGUUAAAAGAAAACUUAAAUAUAUUUAUGUUUGUAUGAAAUCUUA